ACAUGUGGAUUGCUCCGAUAUCUUAGAGAUGCUGACGUGAACGAUAAAAAUUUCUUAGAUGAGCAGAAUCUUAACUUCUGUAAAUUUCGAAAGGUUCUGGAUGCUCGUAUGAAGAUGCUGAUAGAAAAGGGAAUCGGAUGCGAGAUUAAACAAGCAGAACCAAUAACCCAAGAACAGGAAAAAUCGAUGUGGAGAGAAAAGGUGUUCGGGAAGGAGUCGGCAGAAAUGCUUCAACGAACCAUGUUUUUUUAUUCCGCCAAACUAUUUGGACUGCGUGCAUGCGAUGAACACCAUGACCUACAAUGCAGCCAAUUUGUUGUUGGGGAUGAAAAUGGUACACCAUUUGUGCAGUUUAUUGGAAGACAAUCAAAAACCUUUAAUGUGGGACUUGGUCACAUGAAUAUCACCAAUAAGAAUAUUGAACACUACUGCAAACCAGGUGAACGUUGUAUUGCUGAUUUCUUUAAAGUCCACCUUGACGCAUUAGCAAACGACGGAAAUUUUUAUAGGAGACCACUCAAAGGUAUCCCCGGAACACCAAUACGAUACGGAAAUCAGCCGCUUGGCAUGAAUAAGUUGAAGUCAUUUAUGACGGUGAUUUGUACCAAGGCAGGAUUGUCCGGUUACUUCACAAAUCAUAGCUGCAAACGCACGUGUGCAACACAGCUGUACAAUGCAGGAGUCGAUGAGCAGGAGAUUAUGGCCAGGACAGGCCACAGAUCUCAAGCAGGGGUAAGGAAAUACAAGAGAACAUCUGCCGAAAUUUCAGCGACCGUGUCGAGAAUUGUAGACCCUCCAUGCAGUAGUUCAAGCAUUGAAGAUUCUGCCGAGUCGUCUUUAGCUCCACAAAAGAAACUUCGUACUGACGGAAUAGAAGAGGAUAUUUCGGACAAAUGGUGUGAAAAUUUUAACAGUGUCAAAUUUUUCACGGAUGCAAUGUUUACUUUCAUGCUUAAACAUGGAAAAGAACCAAAUUAA